GAGGUGGAGGUGCGGAUGCGCCUGGCCGAGCUCCAGCGCCGCUACAAGGAGAAGCAGCGGGAGCUGGUGAGGCUGCAGCGGCGCCACGACCACGAGCGUGACGAGAGCUCCCGCAGCCCGGCGCGGCGCGGGCCGGGGCGGCCGAGGAAGAGGAAACACUCCAGUGCCCUGGGCAGGGCCGAGAGCCGCAAGGUCAACAGGGCAGUGAAGACCAGCCUGUCCCUGCUGUGUGCCGAGCUGAGGGGGGACCCCGAGCCCCAGAAGAAGAGGAGCAAACUGGCCGGGGGGACCUUCAGCAGCCUCCAGGGCUCCCCGCUGAAGCAGAAGGUGAAGGGCAAGGGGCUGCCCCCCGGGCUCAGCCCCUUCCGCCGGAGGGACCCCAACCCCGGCGCCCGCAUCCAGAAGAAGCUGAACCGGCCCAAGGGCUCCAAGGGCUCCAAGUACCAGGGGCAGGACCCCGGUCCCCGGCAGCCCCCCCACUUCAGAGACGAGCCCGAGGGUGACACGGACAGCGAGGAGGGGGACGAGGAGCCGGGGCUGUCACUGCCCGCGGGGCCGGUGGCUGUGCUGGGGCCCUCCCCGUCCUCCGUGGUGAAAAUGGAGGCCAACGAGAAGGCCAAGAAGAAGAAGGAAAGGCAGGGGCUGCUAGGUCCCUGCCGCCUGGGCAGCCCCGAGGGGGAGGUGAAGAUCAAGCGGCGGCCGGUGAAGCCGGGGGGAGCCGGGAAGCUGGAGAAGGUGCCGGGCCGGCGGAAGGCGGGGGGCUGCCCCGAGGGCAGCAAGAAGAAGCUGAAAGCCAAGGCCAAGGAGAGCCUGAGGCCCCCAGCCCCCGGCGGCCCCAGCCCCCCGGGAGCCCCCAGCAGCCUCUUUGGGGGCACCGACCCCCGGCUGCUGGGGCCGCGGGACGAGGGGGCUCGGCUGGGAGAGAGGGGCAAGAAGGGCACCCGAAAGAGCAAAGGGCUGCAGGCGGCCCUCAGGCGCAAGAACGGGGCACUCUCGCUGGCCCUCUCCCCCCGGAGCGCCAAGACCAUCCUGAGCAAGGGCAAGAAACUGGCCAAGGUCAAGAGCAAAGUGGCCACCAAACAGUGCAAGGGCCGGGCCGUCAGCAAACUCCUGGAGAGCUUCACCGUGGAGGACGACUUCGACUUCGACGACAACAGCAGCUUCUCGGAGGAGGAGGAGGAGCUGGGAGGCUGCCUGGCAGGGGGGGCCCGCGGGGGGGUGCCCCACGCCUGCUCCAUCCAGAAGGAGGAUCUGCGGGAUGGGCUGCACAUCCUGAUCCCCAAGGAGGACAGCCUGCUCUACGCCGGCAGCGUGCGCACCAUCCAGCCCCCCGACAUCUACAGCAUCAUCAUCGAGGGCGAGCGGGGGAACCGGCAGCACAUCUACUCGCAGGAGCAGCUGCUGCAGGAGGCGGUCCUUGACAUUCGGCCGCAGUCACGGCGGAGCCUUCCACCCGGCACCCGCGUCUGUGCCUACUGGAGCCAGAAAUCCCGGUGCCUCUAUCCCGGGAACGUGGUGCGAGGCUCCUCCAGCGACGAGGAGGAGGAGGACGCCGAGGCCGUGCUGGUGGAGUUCGAUGACGGGGACACGGGACACAUCGCUGUGUCCAACAUCCGCCUGCUGCCCCCCGACUUCAAGAUCCAAUGCACCGAGCCCUCCCCGGCGCUGCUGGUGUCCGGCUCCUGCCGGCGGGCCAAGCGGGCGUGUGGCGACGUGGGCGCCCCCGGGGCGCUGCCCCCCACGCUCUGCCCCGACCACGGCCCCCAGCCCCCCCGGAAUUCCGGCAGGAAGGCGGCCGGCAAGGAGAAAAGUGGCAAAGCCGUGGAGGGGCUGUCGGGGGGCCGGGGGCCGGCGCUGGGGGACUCGGCGGCUGGGCGGCGCGGAGGGUCCCUGCUCAGCUGGGCCGCCGUGGCACAGACCAAGCGGAAGGCGGCGAACAAGGGCUCGGCCGUGCUCCAGAACCUCUUCCAGGUCAACGGCAGCGCCAAGAAGCUGCGGGCCAAGGAGACCCUCUUCCCUCUGCACCACCACCACCACCACCUGGCCGCCCCCGUCUUCGGCAACGCCUUCGGCGCCGACUCCUUCGGCCGCAUCGCGAGCUCCUACGGCUCCUUCGGCGCCGGCGCCGGGCUGGUGCUGCCGGCGGCCCAGAAGCUCCUGCGCUCCAAGAAGGCCGAGCGGCUGGAGGCCGAGGUGGGCAGGAGCGGGCGCAGGAAGGCGGCGGGCAGCGAGUUCCUGGUCAAGCUGGACCACGAAGGGGUGACGUCCCCCAAGAACAAGACGUGCAAGGCGCUGCUGUUGGCCGAGAAGGACUUCGGGGCCAGGCUGGAGCGGCCGCUGGGCAGCCACGGCUACGGACACGCCGGCCUGGGCGGCCGGGAGCGCCGGGGCCGCGCGGCCGCGCACCCGCUGCCCGUGGGGCUGGCGCUGCGCAAGUACUCGGGGCACGGGGACUUCGCCCUGAACUGCGACAGCGACUGCCACAGCUCCUACUCGGACAUGGAUGAGGACGAGGACGCGGGCGCGCUCGGCGCCGACGUCCCCUCGCGCUUCAUGACGCGCCUCUCCGUGUCCUCCUCUUCCUCGGGCUCCUCCACCUCGUCCAGCUCCGGCUCCAUCUCCACGUCCAGCCUGUGCUCCUCGGACAACGAGGAUUCCUCCUACAGCUCGGAGGACGAGGACUCGGCGCUGCUGCUGCAGACCUGCCUGUCGCACCCGGUGCCGGCGCUGCUGGCGCAGCCGGACGCGCUGCGGCCCAAGGGCGCCGCGCCCCAGCGCUGCUUCCUGUCCAAGGCGGCCGCCGCCGGCCCCAAGGCCAAGCUCAAGCGCAAGGAUCCCCUCAGCUUCGCCAAAGCCAAAGAGUUCUCCCGGCGGCAGCGCCUGCCCUCGGUGGAAAACCGGCCAAAGAUCUCCGCCUUCCUGCCCGCGCGCCAGCUCUGGAGGUGGUCGGGGAACCCCACGCAGCGGCGCGGCAUGAAGGGCAAGGCGCGGAAGCUGUUCUACAAGGCCAUCGUGCGGGGCAAGGAGACGCUGCGCGUGGGCGACUGCGCCGUGUUCCUGUCGGCCGGGCGGCCCAACCUGCCCUACAUCGGCCGCAUCGAGAGCAUGUGGGAGUCCUGGGCCAGCAACAUGGUGGUCAAGGUCAAGUGGUUCUACCACCCCGAGGAGACCAAGCUGGGCAAGCGCCAGAGCGACGGCAAGAACGCGCUGUACCAGUCGUGCCACGAGGACGAGAACGACGUGCAGACCAUCUCGCACAAGUGCCAGGUGGUGGGGCGGGAGCACUACGAGCAGCUGACGCGCGGCCGCCGCUGCCAGGACCGCCAGGACCUCUAUUACCUGGCGGGCACCUACGACCCCACCACGGGGCGCCUGGUGACCGCCGACGGGGUGCCCAUCCUGUGCUGACCCCGGGGUGCCCACCCUGUGCUGACCCCGGGGUGCCCACCCUGUGCUGACCAUGGGGUGCCCACCCUGUGCUGACCAUGGGGUGCCCACCCUGUGCUGACCCCGGCUCUUAUGCAAAGGGUGACGUGGGGACAUUGGGGGCGCACCGGGGGACGUGGUGGGGGGGCUCCCCUACAAGCCAUAACUUUCCCUAGUACCUCUGACUGUUUGCCAGCAGGUGAAGCAGAAAUCAGGUGUGUUGUUCUAUUUAUUUUGCCUGUAAAUAUUGUAUUUCUUCCGGGAAGUUUUAUGGAAAAGCGAGAAAGGAGAAAAAAAAACAAAAAAAAAACCCCACAAAAAACGACAACAAACCCGACAACAGCAAAAAAAAAAAAAAAAAAAAGAUAAAAAACGAUGGAAAAAAAUCACAAAAAAAUUAAUAAUAAUCCUCGGGGAAGGGGGUGGGGGGGGGCGUCUCAGUGCACUGUGUCCCCCAGCCUGGGGGGACGGGGACAGACAGGGGGCCAGGGCGGGGGGCUCGGCCCCGGGCGGGGGGCCCAGCGCCGCCGUCCCCAGUGCAAUAGUGGGGUGACCGCGGGGGGGACACCCCGGGGGGACCGCGGGGACCCCGCGGGGCCGGCGGACGCUGGCCCGUCCCGCCGCCGCUGCCUGGAAAAUAUGUACAGGGGCUUUUCCAGUGUAAACACUAAAAAACAAAAAAAAUCCCGCGGAACAGGAUUAAAAAAAAAUAAUAAUAACCCAAAAGGACAAAAAAAAAAAGGAGCAAAGGGUUAAACAAAGGUUUUAUGAGCCGCCAUUCCUGUAAAGGCCUUUUACUAUGGAACUUUUUUAUGGAUAACUUGGCUUAUGAAUAAAUAUAUGAACCGUUGCUGCGCCGGCUCCGCGC